AUGUGGGACCCCGGUCUUCUGGUGUGGGCUUUUGCGAUCCACGCGGCAGCGAUUCAGGAGCAUCAUGCUGCGGUCGACGUAGGCAGUCAGGUUCGCCCAGAAGUCCAAGGGAGCAGGCGCGCUGGCAUUGCCGUGCUGGCCGACGACCAUUUUCGAGAGAGAUAUGCCAACCAGAUCCAGAGCGUUCGCUGCUACGCGAGGGCACAAGGCUACGACCUUUGGCUUCUCAGCGGUGGUGAGUUCACCGCAUGUGCCGAGCUUUGGAAAGCCCCGAAUGGCUACUUCUUCCUGAAGCACUGCGCGGCUGCCAGCCUGCUGCAGGCGCAGGAGCCAGGGUAUAGCCUGGCCGUGCUCGACUCUGACGUCGUGGCCGCCGCAUUAGAUCGAAGCCUUGACCGGUGGAUGCAGAGCCGAGCGGACCUGCAGUUCUACGAGCGCAUCACCGGCGAGGAGGUCAUGGCCGGCAACUACAUCGCCAAGAACCGGCCCUGGGUGCGGGCAUUCCUUCAGCAAUGGGCCUCCAUGAAGGACCGCCAGCCUCCUGGCUUCAGCUCUGCAGACAACGGUGCGUUGCACGUGGUCCUGGUGGAGACCUUGGAGCUCUCCGGUGCCGGCCGAGUCCGAGAGCUUUAUGGCGGGCUGGAGGCCAAG